GUCAAAGCUUAGUUUUUGUUAUGUUGAUACGUACUGUAAUUUUUGUUAUUAUUUGAGUUGGAAGAAUUAGUACGACGCCAUAUUGUUGUGAUUAAAAUUUGCUCGGGAUUAUGGUUUUUUUUUGUCCUUGUUAAGAGCUAGAAUUGAAGGAAUUUGAAGUAUUGAAGAAUGUUUCUUUGUAGCGAAUGAAAUUUUGGGCUGAUUAGUGUUCUAAGUUUUGUUUUUUGAAUGUGAACAACUAAAAUGUUUCCAAAUCUGAAGCCAGCUUUCGGCCAGCAAACUGCCACACCAGCGUUUGGUAGUGGAUUUACUGGAGCCACCAGCGCCAGUCCUUUUGGUGCAUCGACGACAUUUGGGAAGACCCCGACAACUGGUUUUGGUACCCCGGCAUUUGGGUCGACCAGCACCCCAUUGUUUGGCAGUAGCACCCAGAACACUGGCGGCCUCUUUGGUCAGACCGCAACGCCAGUGUUUGGCCAGACUCAGACCACCCAGCCCUCGUUUGGCGGCUUUGGUUCUAACACGAGUGGCGGUCUGUUCGGUGCCCAGCCGAAUGCUAACACUGGGGGGCUGUUCAGUAACACUGGCUCAUCUGCUUUCGGCCAGAGCAAACCAGCUUUUGGAGGCUUUGGCUCAUCCAUUGGCACUGGCCUGUUUGGACAGACGCAGCAAACUCAGGCCCAGACACCAGGGACCACUUCACUGUUUGGUCAGUCAAGUGGAACCACUAGCACAGGACUCUUUGGAUCAGGAGGGUUUGGGGUGAGCACCAAUGCCACAGCUGCAGUUGGUACCCCCCUGAAGUUCAACCCUGUGACCGGCACUGACACGAUGGUCAAGAACGGGGUGUCUCAGACCAUAAAUACACGGCACCACUGCAUCACUUGCAUGAAGGAGUACGAGUCUAAAUCCCUGGAGGAGCUGCGAAUGGAGGACUACGCAGCCAACCGCAAAGGACCGCAGCAGGCGACCCAGGCGGGUGGUCUCUUCGGUGGCGCUGCACAGCCGCUGUUUGGUGGCGCGAGCACCAGCACCGCUGGCACCAGUGGGAUGUUCGGCGAGAAGUCCCUCUUUGGGAGCACCACAGGAAUGGGGUUUGGUUCGAGCCCUGGUUUUGGAUCAACCACACAGUCAGGUGGACUGUUUUCUAAACCACCUCAAUUUGGAGCGCUUGCAACUACUUCAAGUACAGGAUUUUCUUUCAAUACUACCACUACUGCAAACCCAUUUGGGGCUGCUGCUCAGGCAAAGCCUUUCGGAGCUGUGGCACCACAGCAGAGUAACUUAUUUGGAACACCUGCAUCACAACCUUCUACAGGAUUUGGAACAACUAAUUUUGGGUUCAGCACUCAGCCUAAUCAGAGUAUUGGCCUGUUCAACCAAAAUAAGCCAUUCAGCCUCAAUACAACAAGUACAGGAUUUUCCUUUGGUCAGAACACAGUUACCAACACUGGAAGCUUGUUUGGGGCAAAACCAGGUGGCACAACAAGUUUUGGAACAUUUGGAAGCACUCCAUCCACUGGUUUUGGAGCUACUGGUACAUCUUUGUUCAACCAGCCCUUCAAACCGGCAUCUACAGGAUUUACUUUCAAUCAGACAGGUGCUACUAACACAGGUGGUUUGAAUCUGGGAGGGCAGCCAUCACUGUUCAAUAACCCAGCAAACAAGCCUGGAGGUCUUUUUGGCACCACUGGAAGUCUUUUUGGCAGUGGUGGCCUCGGCACUGGAUCCACUUUUGGCACAGGAACAGGGCUGGGUGGAUCCGCCCUUAACUUCGGGACAACCACAAUGCUUGGAGGAGCAAACGCUGGUCUGCAGACGAGCCAACAACCCAACAAUCAGAUCCACCAGCAGAUCAUGGCGCUCGCUUCUAUGCCUUUCGGAGACUCUCCCUUGUUUCGAAACUUGCUUCCUGCCACAGGAAAAACUGAAGAGCUGUUAAAGUCAAGCAGACCCAUUACACAGAAAGACUCUCCCAAUCAGUUUAAAGUCACACCUAAAGGAACAAGCAAAGUCAAAGUGAGGCCUAUUGGGAUUACAACAACAACAAAGAACUCUCUCUUUGAUGGUAUAGAUGAUGAAGAUGCAUUGUUGGCCACCACUUUCCGCCCCAAGACCAACAGUGUGCGGCGUUUACUGAUCAAGCCAAAGCCUAAUAACGAUUCGUCAGAUGCAGUUGUAACUGGGAGCUCUCCUUCGUUUGCGUACCGCACAGCACAGGCUGGGUCUGAUAAGGAAAAUGAACCAGAUACUAGUACAAUUGGAAGCAGUCGAAAACUAUCUUGGUUGCAAAAUCAUUCAGCCCAGGCCUCUCCAUCAGAAGAAUUACACCCAGAAGAAAAAGGAAAAAGUAAUUCGCCUAACAAGUGGAGCCCUGGCAAUGAUGAAAAUAAUGUUGUGCUGACAGACACAAUAUCAGAUCUGAGACUUGGAAGAAAUAAUUUUGGUGCUGAUUCCAGACGUGAUAGAAAAAUCAGCGGCAGUAGUUCAGAUGAGAGCGUGGUUGUAGAAGACAUUGCCCCGCUAUCAGCCAGUGGGGAUGCCCACCCUGCGGGUAUAGUCCUGCGCAGGGCAGAGUACUACACCAUUCCGUCGCUUGCUGAGCUGGCCACGCUUGUGGCCGAGGACGGGAGCUGUGUCGUCGACAACUUCACUGUCGGCAGGGAGGGCUAUGGCAACGUGUACUUUCCCGACUCGUUUGAUGUGGCAGGUCUCAAUUUGGAUGAAAUAGUGCACUUCCGACACAAAGAGGUGACGCUCUACCCAGACGAUGACAACAAGCCACCUGUGGGCCAGGGCUUGAACCGGAGAGCACAGGUGACGCUGGAUCGUGUGUGGCCGAUGGACAAGGCAAAGCGAAAGCCCAUCGUAGAUCCAGAGCGUCUUGCUCAGAUGGGCUAUGAGGAAAAACUACUUAGAGUAUGCGCAAAACUGAAUACCAGGUUUUUAGACUAUCGGCCUCAAACCGGAUCAUGGGUUUUCAAGGUUGAUCACUUCUCAAAAUAUGCUCUCAGUGAAUCAGAUGAAGAAGAUGACCCACCUGAUAAUGCUAGCAAACCAAAGAAGGCAACAAUAUUAGUGAAGAAACAUGUAGGUGAAACUUUAGUUGCCUCUCAGCAACACUUAAAAAUAUCCAGUUCUGAGACUAGUAUUGCUAAAGAUGUCAGCAGACAUGGUUUAUCUCUGGUUGAGGAUGAUCAAGAUAUGGAAGAUAGCAUGUUCAAGACACCAGAACAUGAUUUUGGUGACCUUGAGACAGCAGUCAGUCCAACUUCGCAGCUUGCAAGGCAUGUGGGGGCUUCACCACACAUGACACGACUAAUGAAGGCUUCUUUGUUCAUGGAUGAUGAUGAUGAUGAUGAAUUGCAAAAUGAUUUGGAAGCUGCCAGGAUGACUAAUUCUGCAUUCGGCAGUCUCUUGCGAGUCCGUACUUCAAAACAACAGGCAAUGGAGGAUGUUGUUGAAGAAUUAGAAGUGACUCCUGUUCCUGGUUCCAUUAUUCGAUCAAAGUUCACCACUGAUGACACUAAAAUCGUGCCUCAUGUUGUGAAAGAACAAGUGGUGCCAGUACCCACCAGCCCUCUACCAAUGACUCUACCAACAUGGGUGCCUGUGCCAACCACACGCCCCACUGUGCGUGUUUUGAAACACCAGCACGAACGCGUACAUUUGGCAGAAUCCAUGUGUGGACGUGUGGGCGCAGCGUGCUUCGCAGACGUGAGCCUCAUGAUGGGUUGGAAGUUUGGUGCCAGCUGGGGCCCGGCGGGAUCCUUUGUGACGCUCACCACGCGCAACAUGGCGGCUGUGGUGCCCUUACGCGCUGGGCUGCUCGACCUGGGGGCGUUCACUUGCGGCCGGCCGCAGGGCGACUACUCCCCGUGCAUCGUGCAGAGGCUGAGACUCACCGGCGGAGACUGCUACAGUUUGAGUGGUUCCUUCCAGGAGACUGUAGAGGGACACCUGGAAGUACAGCUGAAAAACAGUGUCCUGAAGAUGGAAGAAGAGUGCCCGUUGUUCUCUCCGAGUCCCGGCUUGGAUGCCCUCGACCUCCACAGUCAGCUGGCCAACCAGCUCCAGGAACAGGCCGGGCCGGACCGCUACCUCACCUACUGCGCCCAAGUGCUGCAGCUCUGCGUGGCUCUGUGGGGCAGCUUGCCGCUGUCUGGUGAGGAAGUGAGUGCGCACCAAAAGGCACUUCUCCGCCGGGAAGCAGUGAGUCAGUGGCUGCAAGAGGUGGUUUCCCCAAGAGUUGAGCAGGAGACAGCAGAGAUACAGCAGAAGCCCAGUGAGGACGUCGAACGCCACAUUCCUGCCGUCCUAUCUUUGCUGUCUGCAUACAAGAUAAAAGAAGCCUGCGACCAGUUGCAGAAUGCUGGAGACCAUGUUGCGGCCAUGCUACUCAGCCUUACUGGCAGCACCCCAAAGGUCAACAAGACGGUGCAGCAGUGUCUGGCUGAUUGGAACUAUGUUGAACUGGACUACUUUGUCAACCCUAAAAGGCUACGCAUGUUCCUACUAGUUUCGGGCAUGCCAAUUUUCUCAUCAAAACAUGGGAUGAUAAACGUUUUCAAGAAUCUGGACUGGAAGAGAACGUUUGCUGUGCACCUCUGGUACAUGUGCUCGAGAGUUGCGACAGUGGUAGAUGCUCUACUACUGUACGAGGAAGCAUUCAGGGCACAAGAUACGGAGCCCUACGCAUGUCCCCCGCACCCACCGUACGUGGAGGAUGACUUGUUGCAUGUGGAGGUGAGCAGUGGACGCCCUGUGUGGGACCUGUGCUUCCACCUCCUGAAGCUGUAUAGCGACCACUCUUACCCACUGCAGCAGAUGCUGAAUCCCAGCACACACACGCCGGACCCCUUGGACUACCGCCUAAGUUGGCUUGUGAUGGUGAUCAUGGAUGCAAUUGGCUACUCGAACCUGUCAGAGUACUGUGCAGCUCAGAUCCAUACCAGCUUUGCCUCUCAGCUGGAGAGCCAUGGCUUGUGGCAUUGGGCUGUGUUUGUUCUGCUCCAUCUCAAGCAGAAAGCCAGUCGCAAGGCUGCUGUACUUGAAGUAUUGGGCCGCCAUGUCGAGUUGAACACACAAAAGGACUACCAAGACAAGGAAGCUUUUGUUAUAGAACAUUUGAAGAUUCCCAAGAAAUGGAUUUUUGGAUCCAGGGCCACUCUUGCACUUUCACAGAAGAGGUAUAAGGAUGCAGCAUGGUUCCUGAUCCAAGGAGAACUAUGGAAAGAUAGUCAUGAUGUGAUAAUGGAGCAUAUAGCAGCUGAUGCUAUCAUUUAUGAGGACUACGAAUACCUGCAUGAACUGCUGCAAGAGUUGGCUCCCUCCGAGCGAAGUGCAACCAUCUCCAAGUGGCCUACCAUGGGGCAGGUGCUGUGGGACUUCAUCAACAUGCAGUCGGGUCUGAAGAGACUGCUCAGUGAACCAGAUGAAGUGACUGCUUACCACCUGGAGAAGUUGCAGUAUGAGCUGGCAAACUUGUGUUCCAGAAUUGGCUCGCUUCCAGUUCCUACUGCCAAGCACACUUUGUGCCAGGUGGAGAUAGCAGAGCGCAUAUCUGCAUUGUUCCGCAGUUUGUCGGCAUGUGCGCAGUCGCAGAACCAGUUGCGAGCCAGUGCGAUGCUGUGCGACAGUCUGCCGCUGCCAGGUGACUACACGCAGCAAGCUCUGAACCAAAUAUCCAGCCAGUAUGUUUUGCCUUCGUAGGGCAGGCUUGUGAACCAAAUUGUAAGAAGACGGUUCAAGAAACAAGUGGUAGAACUUGAACAUAUGCUGUUUAUUAAUGUUAUCCGUGUAAACAUUUCCAGGCAUUGAGAUACUUUUUGCAUGUAUAACAUGAUUGUACAUAUUUAUGGACCAUUGUACUUUAUCAGAGUGAAAUUUCUGUGAUUUCAUCUUCAUUUUUUUUUUUGGAGUUCAUGUUUUUGUAAUUGAUAGGUAGUCGAAAAGGACUACUAGUAAUAUUAAAUAAUAUAGUGUGAAGAUUGUGAUCAUGUUGAAUGACUGUUUUUAAAUAACAAUUAUUGCUGUGAUUGUGUUUGAAUGGUUGUUUUUUUAUCUUAAGUCUAUACUGUAAAUUAUGCUUAUGUUUUGUACAGUUGACAUGUAUUCACAGGGAUGUGGCUGUUACUUGGCAUAGUUAUUUUUGUUAAAAGUUUCUAAAAAUAAACUGUACUGUUUGUGUAGUUCCAGUAGAAUUUUUUAUCUUUAAACUGUAAAUAUUUUGUGCUUAGCUUUCACUGAAUAAAUAAUUUUGAAGUAAA